UUAAUUUAAAACAAAUUUUACAAACCCCAACUUUGCCACAGAAUACCACACACUUGAUUCAUAUCUGAUUCUGUUUGAACCACUUUCACACUGCAGUGUUCAAUCUUAAACACUUGCAAGUUUUCUAAUGAUAUAAUCUGGGUGUGAUUUUUUUUCAGAGAUAUUGUUUAGUAAAGUACAUGAAUAUAGUGACCAAACAGUAAACAGUUCUGCAUAGUAACUAGAAUAUUAUUUAUCUCCAAAUUGUAAAAGCAUUCAAUUCAUCCAUGCAUUUUCAAAGGUUGCAUUUUGGACUGAAAAUCAAAACAUUCUAAAUACAUGAACAAAAUCAUUUGCGGAGACAAAAGACCCAUAUCUUCGCCUUGAUGGAUCUGGCCAUAGCACUUCAUCUACAUCACAGGCAAUGUCCUCUCUUUAAAGACAGCGAGGGAAGAAUCUUUUUUAAUGGCACAGGACUUGAAUGAGGUAUUCUGACAUUGACAUAAGGCUGGAGAUUGUAACCCUUCCACCACCAUGACGACUAAAACCCUUUAAUGGGGUUAAGGAAGGGAGAGUAUGGUGGGAGGUAUUGGAGUGAAAAUUGUGAAUGAUCAUAAAAUGUGAGAAUGUGCCUGUGUUGUAAGGACCUAACUUGGAGGUGGAGGUCCCCGUUCUACGUAAUUGCAGCACAUGAUGUGAUGUUGCCUCCAUGGCUUCGGGACAUUCAAAAUAUCUCUGUGGCCAGUGAUGUUUCUCCCUCCUUUUCUUACUUUAGUCAGGUUAAACCCAGCUUCAUGAAGAUUAAUUUAUGUGGGAUUGGGGCAGCAUUCAUUGUAUACAAUCAACACACCUGCACCUGUACACUCUUAAGCUGGUUUCCAUUGUGUACCAUUGUGGUCAAACAUCAAUACAGUUGAACAGUUUUUAGUUAUUGUCUUUACUCAAUGAUAACUGUGUUGUGUUUAACCUUUUCUACCUGUGUUUAGUGUUUUGCAAAAAGAGUGCAUGAGCUUUAUUUCUUGUAACAUAUUAAAUAUUUACUUUUGCAGUUACAUUGAAAUCAUGAAAGAAAAAUGCCCAAUUUUUUGAGUAUCCAACCCAAGUACAUGUCAAUAAGUCAUGCACCUCCUGACCGCAGCAGUCUAACAGCUAAAAGAUACAUCAAAAAGCAAAGAGUUGUCAGGACAGGGAAGGCUUUGGUACUGUACUGCACCACAAAGAGAAGUGCAUAAACUACUGUAAAUAUCCUACUGUAAUCUCUUACUACACUGUUUAGGAGCACAACCCAAUGCUGUAACUGUACACAUUAGCUGAAUGUUGAUAUUAAGUCUUUAAUGUCAAAUGUAUUUAAAAGUUGUUAUAAUGAUGUAUAUUGUAAAAUGGAAAUUUUAAAUUUAAGGACUUUAGAUUUAGAAAAACAAUUUUAAUUUUCAAAUACACAACUGCUCUGUGGUGUUACUGUCUGUCACAAUACCGCAGACACUUACACCUAAAACAGAAAUACUACAGACAGUAACAAAUUGACAAAACUUGCUAUAUUUGCACAUGCAAAUAGUUUAUAAUUUAUAGUCAUUUUAAGUAUAUUUUAACUAUACUAGGUAGAUACACACCAUGUGCCACCAUAACUUUGCGUAAUAUAAAUAACUUUGUGCUAAUAAAGGAAGAACUGCAAUUGAAGUUUUUUUUAAAUGAGCACUACAGUAUAUGAAAAUUCAAACACAAGAUGAUUAGUUGUCAGCGGAUAACAAAAGAAUUUGAAAGGAAUUUGCAGGUUAUUACUAACCCCCUUAGGUUUAGUAAUGGCUUAUUAAUGCCAAAAUAUUAAAAAGCUGCAUUUCUAUAUUGCUACCAUAAGAAAGGAAGUUACUUCACAGAAACUUCUUCUUUUCAUGUGUUAUAGAAAAUGUUCUUUUAAAUUUCUCACACUGAUGAACUUGAGCUGCUGACACAGUCACAUUAAUAUCUAAACUCCUGUAAAUAUCUGAAUUAAAAUGCUACAAAUUAUUCUGCUUCUCCUGCCGGGUGUUCUCUGUUCUGAAGGUUGGAAUGUGACACCUCGUUCAUCGAUCUGUGGGGUGCGAGGAUCCAAUGUCAUUAUUCCCUGUCAUUUUACAUAUCCAACAAACCCACCCUUAGAAGUAACAGAGGUGUCAUGGUGCUCAAGAAAAGAAUCUGGCGAUUGUGCCAGAGAAGGGCCGUAUGUUUAUAAUAGUUCAAACAUAAACAUUCAAAACAACUUUCAGUACACUGGUGAUAAAAUUUCUAAUUGUUCUUUGUUGAUCAGUAAUAUUAAUUCAACAAAUUCUGGAGAGUAUUUAUUCAGAUUUAUAACCAGUCGACGUUGGACAGGUCCAGGAGCAACUGUUUUAGUCACAGAUUUAAAAGUGUCCAUGAUGAAGUUAGGAGACAAUGAAAACAUAGCAGUUGGGGACUCUUUGAAUUUGACAUGCAAUGUGUCCUGCCCUGGUCAUUUCCCAGAGCUUCAAUGGUUUAAGGAUCAUAAGACAAUACCACAUACAGGCCCCAUCCUCACCUUUAGGAGUGUGACUCUUAAAGACUCUGGGAAUUACUCUUGUUCUUUAAAAAACUUUAAAUUAAGUGAAUCAGAACAAAUCGGAAUGUAU